GAUUCUCAUCCGAAAAGAUGAGCAUCAGUAACUUGAUUUCGUCCAACAUACUGUUAUUCAGUUUCCAUCCAUUCUUGUUGUUAAUUCACAGCAAACCUCUCGUACAGGCUCUCUACGUGUUCGGAGAUUUGUUGCUCGACAGCGGCAACAACAGCCUCCUGCCAACCAUAGCCAAGGAUUUCCCGCCUUAGGGCCAGAAUUUCGACCAACUCUUCACCGGCGGGUUCACUAAUGGAAGAACUCUCCCUGACUUCAUAGCUGAAUUUCUUGAGCUGCCAUACCCUCCACCAUAUCUGGGUGUACAUGGAUCUAUACCAUUAACAGGCUUGAAUUAUGCAUCGUCAGCUUGUGGAAUUCUCCCUCAAACUGGAACUAUAUCUGGGAAAUGCUUGAGUUUUGGUGAACAAAUUGAUUUGUUUAAAUGGACAAUUGAAUCAAAGCUGCCUAUCCACUUUAAGAGCUCCGAGGAGCUUUAUAAGCACAUGGCGAACUCUAUAUUUAUAUUAACAAUAGGCAGCAACGACUACAUUCAAAACUAUCUAGAACCAACAUUAUUUAACACAAGCAAUGGAUAUGGUCCUCAAGCUUUUGCUCAGCUUCUUAUAUCAGUUCUCUCCAAUCAUUUUCAGAGACUAUAUAAAUUAGGAGCAAGGAUGAUAAUAAUGCACGAAAUCGGACCCCUUGGAUGCAUCCCACAUUACACCAGGAAAUAUGAACUCAUUGGAAAAUGUCAUGAAGAAACUAACCAGAUUGUCUCACAUUUUAAUCAUACGCUUCAUGAAUUGCUCAAGUCUUUAACAUCCACCCUUCAAGGCUCCAUAUUUGUACUUGAUCGAAUCAAUUCAUUAAGUUAUGAUGUCAUUACUAAUCCUUCUAAAUACGGAUAUGGUGAUGGUAGAAAUCCAUGUUGCACAACUUGGGGAAAUGGGAGUGCUGCAUGCAUUCCAUGGCUGAUAGCAUGCCCUAACCCGAAUCAACAUUUCUUCUGGGACGGUUACCAUAAUACAGAAACAGGGAAUUCGGUGGCAGCAUCCCUUUGUUUCAACAAUGCUCAAUUUUGUACUCCUUUUAGCAUUAGGGACCUCAUUCAAAUGUGAAAG